CCAGCUCUUUACAUUCAGCUCGUUAGGAGGGAUGGUCGCAGAAGGCCCGCCUCCUGUCCCGCCUCAGGAAGAGGAAGACGUAAAGCUACGCCGAGCUUUUCUCCUUCCUUUGCAGUGAGACUGGUGGAGGAGUUCUCUUGUUCGCUGAGCAGCCCCCACCCAGAACUAGGGGCGGCUAGAGCCCGUAGCGGCGGACCCCUGGCAAAGGCCCUGAGGCGGGGACACUAACAAGGAGACAACCUCGCUCGACGCCCCUUUCGUGGUCCGCGGGAUGGACCUGAACGGACUCCUUUUGGACGAGGAGGGCGCUUUCUGCCUGAGCGGCUUCCAGGAGUUCACGUUUCUUCCCAGGCACCAGCAGUUGAGUGAUCGGGUACGCAAGCGACUUUACUAUGGCUGGGAUAAAGAAAGUGCCCUUGAUAACCUCUCAAGUCCAGUUGCAGAUAUUGCUGUUGAAUUACUCCAGAAAGCUGCUCCCAGCCCCAUUCGCAGGCUCCAGAAAAAAUACGUAUCUCAUGUCUCCCGGGAGGCUUGCAUCUCCCCCUGUUCCAUGAUGUUGGCCCUGGUUUACAUUGAAAGGCUUCGGCAUCGCAAUCCUGAAUACCUACAGCAGAUCUCUUCUUCUGACCUCUUCUUAAUUUCGAUGAUGGUUGCCAGCAAGUACUUAUAUGAUGAAGGGGAAGAGGAGGAGGUCUUCAAUGAUGAAUGGGGUGCUGCAGGCAAAGUGGAUGUACAGACCAUGAACACACUGGAGAUGAAUUUCCUCAGUGCCAUUGAUUGGAGCCUCUAUACGGAUCCCAAGGAGCUUUUCGAAGUGCUCGGCUGGCUGGAGGGACGUGUGGCUGAGAGGCAGGGCAUCAGACGUGGCUGGUUCACUUACACUGACCUUUGUGUCUUAAUGGAGCAAACUCUGUGGCAGCAGGCAUUGGGUCAGUUCUACCAACAGGUGGCCAAGGUGGCUUGCAUUCUUGGUGUGGUGUAUCUGACAGGUAUUGCUGCUGUCCUUGCUUCUGCUGCAGUGGUGCAUCAUAUGAAGCGGGCCAGUCCUGCUGAGUUUGUGAGCACCAGGGACACUCCAGCUCCAUGUCUGCCUCUCCCCUCUUCAGUUCAGCAUCUGGAUCGCAGCUUAGUCCUACCCAAUAGCUCUCCAUGCGCAGGAGCAGAGAACGAAACCUCUCAAGAAGAGCAGCAGCUAGGAAGCAAUGGUGUAAUGGCUACAGCAUUCUUUCUAUGGGGCAGCGUCCUUAAUGCAUUAUCUUAUCCACCACGAGCCCUCAGUAGUUCCUCCCUUUGCCCCCACUGCAAUCAAUUUACCACCUGCCUGGCAGCCAACCAUACAGUUUGCACCCAAUCUGCUCCACAGUCAGCUCCGUUUGGACUUGCUGCCCGCUGCACACGCUGCUCAUGCUGGGGUUGGCCUCUUGAAGUGUCCCAUAACUGCAAAGACUGGCCUGAACCAUUGGUACUGAAGCAGUGCCCCUCACAGGCUUCCUUGGAGCUUGGAAGGAUCAAAGCAUUUAUGUUUCCUAGCUAGGGCUGGAGGGGAGGGGGCAUAGCUUAGGCUUGGGGCUGGGGUGGGGGGCACUUUGAUGGGAAAUGCUGUGGGUGUCUGAAACAUAGGGCAUGAGGUAAGGGGAGCGGAAAAGGGGGAUGCCCAUCUGUAUCCCCAAAGGAUGCCAGCUUCCCUUACUCAGUAUGACUGAAAGACCUUUCUGCCUUCUAAUUUGGUAGUUGUGCUUCCUAUCAGCAGUGUAAGGCUGGGGUAAUAUGAAGACUGAAACAGUGAGAGCUGAGUCUAUCGGAACCCAUCUUCCACUUCAGCUGAGCCAAGGACUUGCCCUGAAGGCCUAGAUAUAUCUUUUCUCAGUAAGUAAAACUUAGGGUGAGUUCACACACAUUGGGAAUUCUAGCAUCAGGCACCAUGAAUUCCCUCCUAGCUUGGCUCUCCUUGUGGUAAUUUGCCUGGGGUACUAGGAAGUAAUGAUAUGUGGUGACUUGCUUCCAUGGUGCCGAAUACCAGCAAUUCUACAAAUUCAGGCCACCAAGUGAUUACCAUACAAUUAACGUUAAUUUGUGAGGUGCAGGCCAAUAAGAUUGGGCUGCCUACCUAGCUUUCCUUCAUUGACAUGGUAUCUUUUGUUUUCUAAGAGCCAUGCAGGACUAGCCUGGAGUUUUCUUAGCCAUACCACUGAGAAGAAAAUGGUGCCAAUUUGCAGGGGGAGGCUUGAGGUUUGCUUGACUGCCCCCUCUAUUUCUUGGGCCGGGGGUGGUGGAAGGAUGGUAGCUACUUCUUAUGCCCUAUUCCUACCAGCACUUUUUUUGCUGGAGUUUGUCACUAUUUCUUGUAGAUGGAAUCUCUUCUAAUAAAAGAUAACUGUUGACGUGUAA